AAAAUGUGGUUUCUUCGUAAUUUGCCGAGACCGGAUUCAUUUUGGAUUAGACCGAAUUUCUUUGCAUUCUAUGGGCGAUUUGUUGAGCGGAUGGGUGUAUUUUUUUACAAUGAAGUUAUAAGUCGUACCUCACUCGGCUUGAAGGAUCCGCGAUGGAACCCGAGAGUGCACGGCAUAUAUUGUCAUUUUCGUUAUUAUGGAAAAUUGGACACGAAAUUGCUUGAUGUAAAAAUACGAGAUCUACCCGCUUGGUUUGGUCGGCGUGAAAAAACGCUUAAAGCGAUGUACUCUGAAUUCCAAAGAAAUGUUGCUCGUAUAUGUCAUCUUUAUCUUUCUCCUGUAUAUGAAAAUGCGGUAGUUUUUAUGAUUGAUAAUGAAUCGUUUGUCUUUUCUUUUAUACGCUGA